ACAAAAUCUAAAAGAAAAAUUAGCCAUUAUGAGUCUGAGAAUUCUGUCAUUUCUGGGAUUUGACUUGCUUUGUCAAAGAAGAGUGACUCAGAAAAAUAUUUUGUAAUGAGAAUGUGAGGUAACAGAGACUCGAGGCUGGGAAAUGUGGGAUCAGCUGCCAGAGCUGGUGUUGACAGAGAUUUUCAAGCACCUGACACGCAGGGAUCAGGUCAACUCUGGGAAAGUCUGUAGAUCAUGGAACCAAGCCUUAGCCUCUCCUCUUCUUUGGCGCUCCGUGAAAGUUAUUAUUGAUGUUGACGUGUGCGGUGGAUUUCCACUGGCCAAACAGCUAGCGGUAAAGUAUGGGCAGCACAUGCGACGUCUUGAACUGGCAUGGUCGCGGCCAUAUGUACUACCUAGAGAGACUCGAAUCACCUGUAAUGCUCAGGCCGAAGGAGGCGCAGAGUUUUUGAUAGUCAUCAAGGAGAAAGAUGUACAAUUACAAGAACUCAUUUUAACUAAUUGGGUCUUCAGCAGCAAGUGGGGCAAUCGAGGCAAACUUCUUAGUACUCUUGCUAACUUUUUAAGCUCACAGCAAAAUCUUGAGACUCUGAGUCUAUUGAAUGCAAAUUUAGGAGUCAGCGAUGUUCUGAGAAUUUUAGGUGCCACUAUUCAAUCCUGUGGAAAUAAUCUUACCUUUCUUGACUUGCGAGGUGCUUUCAAGGAGUGGCAUGCACCACAUAGUAAUCCUAGAUACCUGCGCUUACUAGGUCGCCUUCAAGCUCUGGUAAUGCUGAGUCUAGACUAUCCAGCCUUAUCUGGUGGCACACUUAAUGCUUUAGCUAGCGCAGCUCCUUCGAUGCUUCGAACGCUGCAUAUAUCUGUUCGAGAUUCAGAUUCCAGGCAACACACAAUUGCCAAUGCUGCUUGGCACGAACUAUCACUCGCUUGUCCAAAAUUAAUUGUCUCAUACACGAUAAUGAACAUCUCCCACUAUGAGGAUAUGUACUAUUUGCUAUUACCUAGCGUGCCUCUUGGUAGCUUUCAAAUGUAUAGUGGCCACGUUUGGGACCAGAGCAGGUCUAGAAACUUUAGGAGUACCAUUGGACUGCUGAUAAUGCACUACACAGAUACAUUGGCCAGGGUUAUGCUUCAGCUGCAGAAUAAUAGAGAGCUUCUUGAUGACUUGUUGAUCACUCUACUUCUUCGUUGCAAGCAACUAACACAACUGCAAUAUGAUGGAAUCCUAAGAAACCUAGAUACGUUGAGAGAAAUUUGUCAAAUACAAGCAGACAGGAAAACUUGCUUUCGAAGAAUUAAUGUCAAACCUCGUAAUGUGAGCACCCAAAACCGGGCAAUAUUGGAUGACAUCAGCUAUCAAUACAACCAUGUAAUGGCACAGCAAGGCGUUGAUUUCCGCAUAGAAGACUCCGCUUCUGUUCUGACAUUCUACUAGGACAGCUCAAACAGUUUGUUUUUGGAUUGUUUAUCGCUUAUAUAAUAUUUGAGCAACAAUGUGUAGAUAUAUCACAUGUAUCAGUAUGAAACUAAAUAAAUGCCUGUAAUACAGA